GCGAGACCGGCACAGGCACCGUCGACCUCAAUUAAUUCAGUAGCGCAAUUAUCCCCAAAACUCCCCUGGGUGUUCGGCAGCCGGGGAAAAAAAGAGAGAGAGAGAAAAAAGAAGGGAAAUUAACGAAGAAGGAGGGCGAAGUAGAUUGCGUGGUGACAGAUGUUGGAAAAGUCUGCUCGCAUGUAGACAGGAGAGGAGGAAGAGGAGGAAGAAGAGGAAGAGCGAAGACUGUCCUCGGCGGACGUGGACGUGUUUUCUCUGUUGGAGACGCACGAUGCGACGGGGUGUUAAAGAUGUGGGAGCUUCGUCGCGACGUCUCCUCCACUGACAGCUUCAGCCGGCCACUCUAAAGGGCAUGUUACUGACAGAACCACAUCUGUACGGAGGACUUAACUCAAGUCUGAUUCCAACUUGACCGUCACUGGUUAUGAAAAUCUGCACACCGAGACUGAAACGGCAGGGGGUAAGAUGUUUGUGGAGUCAGUCGUCCGAUGGGGGGCGUGGAGCAUCUUGCUCCAGUUUGGACUUGGCGUAUCUGCAGGAGGCUGUCCUCCACGCUGUGUGUGUCGACCCGAGGCUAAAGAAGUGAUCUGCUCAGGCAAACAUUUGAACUCAGUGCCAGAGGGCUUCUCCGGCGAUGCCAGGCGUUUGGAUUUAUCCCACAAUAAGAUUAAGACUGUGGGGCGCCGCCAGUUCUCUGGCCUCCUGCAACUUCAAGAGUUGGACCUGAGUGAUAAUAUAAUCUCCAUGAUUGAGGUGGAGGCUUUCCAGGGCCUACAGAAUCUCAGGACUCUUCGGAUUAAGAAUAACCGACUCAAGAUCAUCCCAGUUGGGGUUUUUUCUGGCCUGUCUAGCCUGCGCUUUCUGGAUUUGAGCCAGAAUGAGAUUCUGGUCUUCCUGGACUUUACCUUCAAAGAAAUGGUGAACUUGCAAACGCUGGAAGCCGGGGAGAAUGACUUAGUGUUCAUCUCGCAGCGGGCCUUCUCUGGUCUGCAGAAUCUGCAGGAGCUCAACUUAGAUCGCAGUAAUCUGACUUCCAUUCCCACUGAGGCAUUGUCUCAGCUCCAGAGCCUGACCCGUCUUCGAAUGCUGCGCCUUACCAUUUCGACACUUCCCAACAAUGCUUUCCGACGACUCCACCGUCUGCGCAGCCUCCUGAUUGCAAACUGGCCAGCAUUAGACACUAUGGCUAGCAACAGCCUGAUCGGUCUCAAUUUGUCCUCGCUUGUCAUCAGCAGCUGCAACUUAAGUGCUGUUCCUUACUCAGCACUUCGUCACCUGGUCUAUCUGCGCUCCCUGGACCUGUCCUACAACCCAAUCACUGUUAUCCAAGGUAAUCUGCUAGGGGACCUCCUGAGACUCCAGGAGUUACACCUAGCAGGUGGGAGCCUGCUACGAAUAGAGCCGGGGGCCUUUAGGGGACUGGCCUAUUUUCGCAUGCUUAAUGUGACAUCCAAUCAGCUCGCUACUUUGGAAGAGAGCGUCUUCCACUCUGUUGGGAACCUUCAAGUGUUGCGGUUGGAUGGGAAUCCCCUAGCAUGUGACUGCCGGCUUCUCUGGGUGGUCCGCCGCAGAUUGCGCUUGAAUUUUGAUGGACAUCAGCCCACUUGUUCCUCUCCUGAUGUGGUGAGUCAGCGUGAAUUCAGAGACUUCUCAGAGAAGGAGCUCCCGAGGCUGUUUACCUGCCGCCCUGCUCGUAUCAUGGAUCGCAGGCCGCAGGAGGCAAGAGUAGAGGAGGGCACCACAGUUCUCUUCUCCUGUAAGGCCGAUGGGGAUCCAUUCCCAUCUAUCACCUGGAUCUCAUCCCACAAGAAUGUGGUUUCUCCAACAGGAAGAAUCAGAGUUUUGCCCAAUGGUACUCUAGAAGUGCGUUUUGCCCAAGUUCAAGACAGUGGCACAUAUCAAUGCCUGGCGGGCAAUGCGGCCGGCAAUGACAGCCUGACUGUCGGUCUCUACGUGAAGGGCCUCCCUCGUAACCGAACCAUCCCCUUCUUCUCAGAGGAGGGCUGGGUAGAACCUUCAAAUCCCCAAGCUGCCAACACCUCGACUCAAAUGGCCAAGCCAUACCCGUUUGAUGCAAAGACCCUGAUCAUCGCCACCACCAUGGGCUUCUUGUCUUUCCUUAGCUCAGUGGCCAUCUGUUUUGUCUUCAUGUUUUUCUGGAGCCAGAGCAAAGGGCAGAUCAAGCACACAGCAACUAUUGACUUUGUUCCUCGGUCUUCCAUGGGUGGAGGGGGAGGGGACGGAGGUGAUGGUGGCAGGUUCACCAUGAAACUUAUUUAAAGCCAGGCAAGAGGUCAUUUUGACCGUGAGUUCUUCUGCAAUAUGGACCCCCAAUUGGGACACUCAAGGACAGAGACUUCUAUUCAAAGGCGCCUUUAGAAGGCAAAUCAUGGUCAGUUUGUUGGGCUUUUGCUAGUCCUCUUCUGAAUUAAGAGCUGAAAGUUGCAUGUCAGCAUCCACUUGGCUGUGUUAUCUAACUAAUGAAUAUCUCAUGAUCCUGGAAUAGAAAGAUGUUAACAGAUUGUAGGCAGAGCUGUUUCAUGGUAGCUGUGCGUUUGCUUUCAACGACUUUAAAUACUUUGAAUAAGCAAAUGACCACUUACCAAGGACAGGUCUAAUUUUUUAUGCAUGUAAUUAUGAAAUAGUUUUAAUUUUCCCAGAUUCUGGGAUUAAACAGAGGAUAUUUUGAGUUUGACACAUUUAUCAAAUGUUUCUGCAUUGUCAAAACAUAUUAGGUGCUUGUUUAAUCAUCCACGAUGUGCAAAUGUGCUCAGCUUUAUGUCUUCACUUGCCAAUACAAGCCAGGUGAACAUUUUCCCUUUUGACCCUUGGGUUGCUAUUUCUGCUCACCAACUGAGGAUCAUGUCAAACACUGUCAAUUCAGAACUGGUUGUUAGACCUUAACAUGUGAAUAUGUAACUGUAAAGCUUUUGAUACCUGCAAUAAAUAUAUGGAAUACACGAGCCAAAUAAUUUCUGAUUCUCAAUUUAAUGGUUAAAUUUUGGACAUAUCAGAGCUUUCUGUAAAGGGGUACAGCUUACUUUAAAUGAUCAUGUAACAGGGUAAAAGGACUGAUAUCAUACCAUAAUGUACAUACGAAUGUAUUCUUUCCCAUUUCAUACUUAAAACAAGUUUGUCAGGUCCAAAUUGGAUCACUGUCUUUCUUUUGUACUUUAUCCUGUAAUUAGCAUACAUUAGAUGACAAUUUGUUCCAUCAAAAGAUGCUAUGAUUUCUCCUUUUUUA